GUGACAGAGUUAAACAAAAUCAUUCCAGCAAUACAAAGAGGAUUGCAGAUUUACGAUGAUGGAGUUCUUCUGAAUAAACAUGAUGGGAAGAGUCCGUAUAUGGUCUCCAGAACACCAAUUAAUCCCCAGUUGACCUACUUUGAGAUGGAGAUCGUUGCCAGUGGAACAGACGGAGAAAUCGGACUUGGCCUUACACAUAACAUGCCAGACAAUUCAGAAACCAUAGGGAAGUCGAGAUAUGAAAUUAUGUUCUACACAAUUAACACAGCUGGAAAUGGAAAGGUGUUCCAUAUGGAUGCCCAAAAGUCUUUGGAUUCUUUGAAACUCGAGACCGGUGAUGUAGUUGGAUGCGGCUUGGAAGGGAAAUUUGGAGAUGAUGGAAGACUUGUCGAAAAUUCUGAAGUGGAGGUUUUCUUCACCAUCAAUUGUAAAGAGAUUCAUAGGCAGAAAUUACCGUACAGGUCCGAUCAUUUAUUCCCAUUUUUCCUUCAAACUUCAAAUUCGGCCGUUCUUAGAGUCCGUGGAUUCACCGCCGAUACAGAUUGGAAUAAGACUGAAUUUCAACCAAAAGACCAGAAGAACUUGCCCUCUGGUGUUUCGAGGUUUUCUGGCUGUGAGUUUUCCGUAGUGGAUGUGUCUGGUGGUGGAAACGCUUCAGCCCUCAAAAACAAGAUGUCUCAUGACAAACUGCCCUGUAUACAAACAUUAAAAGAAAGCAUGAAAAGACUGGAGGGGUUAGUAGACGUAGGAAGUUUUGCGCACCAGCAGAGGUUGUCAGAACUACAUAGAGCAUUGGAGAACAUUGACCGCCUCUCCAAGUCUCCCGAAAGGGUUAAAUUCUUGUCUCUGAAAUUGUCUACUAAAGAGGGGGUUGAAGCUAUGAAGAAGACCAUUUUGAACCAAUUCCUGUCUCAUUCGGACCUUCAGAUGCCAAUAUACUCACUUCCACAGACUCUUCUUAAGGUUGUGGAGAGUACAAGAAAAGAACUGAAAUCUCGGGGUAUUUGUCAAGUUGUGGAUGGCACGUCUGAAGAUCAUUCCUGUCCGACUCUGUACGAGAGAAUUAAAAAUGUUUCACCAACUUAUUUGACAGGAGAAAUGUUCCUGCAGUUGGUAGAACGAAUGUUUCAUCAGGGACAUCUGAUAUGUGUACAAACCGAUUGUGGCCUGUUGGCAGUAGACCUGGAGUUUGCAGCGAAAUCUGUCGAGUCACUCAUCAAUUUUUCUAAAAUUGAAAAUCUAAAGACAGGAAUCACAGCAUUUGGAGAAAAGUCCAUCGUUUGGAAAGCUGACAUGAAGGAUGAGGAAAAAGAGAAGUUGAUAUUGAUCUUCCUACAGAAUUACUUAGGUCUAAUGAAAGUUCCUGUGACGUUGAGAACUAGCAUUAAAGAUGAGAAAUUGGUCUUUGCACUCUUGAGAAAUUUAGAUCCACCCAAAUUCACAUUUAGAGAAUUUAUAGCGAGGGAGAAAGCUGUAAAAGACUGUAUACUGAUCCAGAGUACAUACAGUUUCCCUGCCUUUUAUCCACACCAGUUGUUUCCCCUCGUGUUAGCUGCCACUGUUGGCUACGGCCGUCCCAUAAUCCUUUCACAGGAAGGAGGAGUAUUCCUGUUUGGUGCUGUCCAAGUCAUUGUUAGAGAGGAAACAACAAAUGGAACCAAGAUGCUGAUGGUUGAAUGUAGAUGCUUUCUGCCACAGAAGAGAACGCAGUCUGUAAAUGAAGAUACAGAGAAAAGCGUCAGAGAAUACACAAAGCAUAUCUUCUUUAUUGUGACCGAUCUCGUAGAUCGUAUUAUCAAGAGGCAGGGUAUUGUAGCAGUUAUCUCACAGAAUAUCCCUCCUAAUUCAGUGAAUGCUUCUUUGGGCUGCAACCAUAACUGGAGUCCCCUUCCAGACACUGACCACAUUCAGUCGGUUUGCACUCUGUGUAACUUAUGUUGUGAGUCAGGGGAACAGUGUCCAUACAACAGAAUCAUGGGCACGGAUCAUAGGGAGUGCGGGUGUAAGACAACUACCCCUGGAUGUGUGGACUGUGGGAUAUGUGUAACCUGUGCCAAAGGUUUAUGGGAUCUGAGGACAGAAUUAAGACCAAUGGCAAUGUCUAUAACCUCAAACGCUGAUAUCUACAGAGCGACCUUGAACCCAGUGACCUUUAAUGAGAUCGAGGUUGAUGUGAUAUCUGGAAUGUGCCCUCCAAUGUGUCUAAGUUCUGAAAGAAGUACCAUAAUGGCUGCCCCAGGCCUAUCUCGAUCGUUUAGCAGCGACGGGAAAAUUAGUUUAUCUGACGUCAGACAAGCUCAGGAAUACAACAAAGAUUUACGACUUUGUAUAAGAGAGGGUGAUCGACUGAAAAUACGACUUUCAGCACCAAAGGGAUAUAUAUCUAGCACUGCAGAUAAAAGCAAUACAGCAGGAGUGACACCAGCAUUUGUUCAGUAUUACACGGAUAUCUGUAAAGAAGCACUGGUUCUACAGGAGGCAGGCGUUGUUUGCUACAAGACUGGAUCUAAACCUGUUGCUCAGUUUGUUGCACCAAAGCCAUUUUCGGAGGCCUUAAAAAGAUUUUCCAUAAAGAUUCUUUGUGGCGGAUCUAAGAACUGUAUUGGAGUAGGGAUGUGUCCCAGAAUGUAUGCUAGUAAUAAUAUGCCCGGAUGGAAGAGUAAAUCUUUUGGAUACCAUGCAGACGACGGAGGAAUCUUCAUUGAAAAGGGGAGUUCCCAGACAAAAGUUGAGAAAUGUAGUGAUGGAGACGUCAUGGCAGUGGAAUUUGAUGUCAAGAGUAGCGAACUGAAGUUUUUCAAGAAUGAUCAAGAGGUACAUGUACAUAAAAUGACGGUGCCAGGAAAUGGAAAACUACCCGAUUUUUAUCCAAUGAUAGGCCUUCAUUCUGAAUUUGAGUGUGUCAAGCUUCUAGAGAUUGAGCCCUGGACCCCUUUGGAUCCAAAUGCGAGAAAAGAAAUCCCCAAAAGCAUAGACUUCACAGAGGUUGAAGGAUUAAUAAUAAGCCCACCUAAGACAAUCAUUCUAUCAAGGCUCUUCUAUGCCCUUUGUUCAGGGCAAAUUAUUUUGCACAACACAACUAAAACGCCACUUGGGUAUAAGUUUGAGCCAGCCAGGAUAUUCAAAGCCAGAGACGCGGACGGAGGAGAGGACUGCAGUACAGGAAUUAUAGAGGCUAAUGAUACAAAGGUUAUCAUGUGCCAUGCAGAACAACAGAUAUCGAAGUUAUCUGAUAUCACCAUAGAGUGGAUAGAACUACAGAAAAAUAAAACCUACCCUGACGAAGACUUAAAGAAGUCUUUGAAAGGAAAAUGCCAUGUCUACAGACUAAGUGCAAUCAUGAAACACACAGAUUACAACAGAGGGCUAAGCAGAGUUGUAAAAGGAGAAAAGAGAAAGGAUUAUGUGCUCGAAAUUUUCAAAAACGCUGAAAUGAUUGAGCAAUAUUGGAUAACUCCAGACAACUACUGUCUUACCCUACCGUUUGACUAUGGGCAGUACGCUAUCAGAUACCCAAAGUGCCCAAGUUUAAAUUUUCCUGAACAACUUGAAAAAGGCAUGAAAGUCUUCAUCGCUCUGCCAAACAAUUCUGUAGCAGAAGCUGUGAUUAUUGGAGUGGAACAUUCAGGGAAAUAUCAGUUGGAGUAUUCACCAGAAGGUGACAGGGAUAAUGAGGUCAUCACUGGGGACCACAGUAUAAUGGAAGUAAAGGGAUACAAAGAAGGCGAUCCAGUCUUAAUGUAUAGAAAUGAUGCCUCUCAGAAGUCCCUUUCCCAGUCAUUCGUGUAUGCGCCUCCUUAUCUUGUGCCUGAGGAGUGUGCGAAUGUCCUGAAAUUAACAGACAGUAAUUGGAUAUCAACACUUCUGAACCAAGCAGCCACAUGUUUAACUGAUAUCAAUAGACUUACAGUUCAGGAGCAGAUGAUGGUGAUGCAAAGCAGAAAUUUGAUUGGUUGGUUGGAUGGCUAUGGAGCCAAUGGAUCUGUAGAGGACACAUUUGCGUUUCUACCAAAAACUCUGAACACGAAUGUUUUCCUUUAUCCAAGUUUGGGAAUGUUUGUUGAUCUAAACGUCCACAGAUUGUGUUUUUAUGCAGAUCAGCUGCUUAACUACCAACAACAGAAAAAGAUUCAUUUAAGAAACCCCCUGCAUUUCAUGGAUAUGCAUGCCUUGACUCCAAAAUCAAACGUUCCCCUUGAUGUCACAUUUGCUUGCAAAUUUCAAGGAUGGGUUUAUAUAGCUCUCAUAGCAAAGCAGCUUCUUCUUCCGUCUCAUCAAUCCAUUUUGCCUGAAAAGGACCUUGAAACAUUUUCAAGAACAGAGAUUGAACAUUUGAUGUUUGAGGUAGUCCACCAAUUUGCUACCUUAAGCAGCCUGUUUGCAGCCCAGUAUGGUGGUCUUCAGAACCAGAGCAAUCCAGUCUCAGGAACAAAAUCCAUCCUCCAACUUAUUGAAGGUCAAUGUCAACCAUUGAUAAAAUACAAGGGAAAUCCAAUCACCGAACAAAACAAUCUUAUUCAAGAAGGUGUUUUGUGUAUCUGUAAAGCUCACAAACUUUCCAUGGCAACUUCAGACUAUGAUCUUGAAAGUGAAUUGGAUAUCACUUAUGACUUUUUUCAGCCGUAUAUGGAAAACGUCAAUUCAAUUGAUUUGGGCCUUACCAAAAAAGUGAACUUUCCUGGAGAUUUUUUCGAGAAACUGCCAAAUUUAGAAAAUUUCUCCCUAACUAGGUGUUCUCUAAAAGACAAACACCCUCUUCCCGGCAACAGUGGAACCUUGAAGGAAUUGAGAUACGUCAAUAUCGGCAAUGUCAAUGUUACAGAAUUACCUUCUGACAUUCUUCGAGCGGAGAAACUUAAGGAGGCUCGUUUCCAGGGAAUUCCUUUGGUAAAAAUAAAGAACAUUAUGCAGCGGUUCUCAAAACCCUAUGUGCUAACAAAAUUAAUCCUGAAUGACAUCAAGUUGGAAGAAUUACCGAGCGAUAUCAAGAAUUUGACGUUGUUAGAAGAACUAAGUAUUGAUCAUAAUCCUCUAAAAAGGCUUCCUAUCGCUUUAAAAGAGUUGAAGAAGCUCAGGGUACUUUCCAUAAAAGGAUUUCCACUGAUGAAUUUCAAUGGAGAAGUAGAAAGUUUAACCAGACAGCAAUACAAGGCUUGGCAUAAAGAAAAUCCAGCAAUUGUAAAUUUUUUGACCACCGAGAAAGUAGAUGCUCUAUUUGACGAAGUGGACAGAAAAAGAAGAGGAAGUUUGGACGUAUCGGAGAUUGCGCAGCUUAACCUCAAGCUCUUCUUCCUUCUCCCUAGAUUUGGAACUGAUGGAUUCAAUGAGAAAUAUGGAGGCUGGCCGGAUGUCAUAUUCAAAUUGACCCAACUGAAGGAACUCUAUUUUGGAUAUCAGGGAAUCACUCUGAUCCCAUCAGAUCUGAAGGCCUUAACUCAUCUCGAAGUUGUGGAUCUCCAGCAUUGCCCUUUAUUGGAGACAUUGUCAGCAAAAUUAGGAUUUAUGAUCAAUCUUAAAAAUAUCAAUCUGCAACAUUGCCCCUCCUUAAGAACCCCUCCUCAUGAGGUGGUGAGUCGAGGUUUUGAAUCAGUAAAGGCUUACCUGAAGAGAUUAGAUGGCGGUUUUACCACCUGCAGGAGAACAAAACUCAUGUUUGUUGGGGUGGGAGAUGCCGGUAAAACCAGUUUACUGAAAGCGUUGACCAGUACCUCCAAGAAAACAAGCGGUACCCAAAACGCUCUGUUGACUGACGGUAUUGACAUCAAGUCAUGGAAAGUCAAGGUACCAGACAAAGGAGAGAUCGUCUACUCAGCCUGGGAUUUCGCUGGACAGUCUGUCUACUAUAAUACUCACCAGUUUUUCCUGACCUCUCGAGCCGUCUAUCUCUUACUCUGGAACAUGAGGAUGGGAUUUCAACAUGCUGGUCUGGAUUUCUGGUUAAGUUCUAUAGCAUGUCACGCUCCAGAUGCACCAGUUCUUAUCAUAGGAACACAGGCAGACCAGAUUCCAAAACCCGAAAUUGAAGAGAAGGUAAUAAAGAACUCUUACCCUCAAAUCCAGGGAUUUCAUUAUGUUAGCUCAAUCCAAGGAACGGGCAUAAAAGAACUAGAGGAACAGUUGAUAGAAAUAACUUUACAGCAACCUUAUUUGGAAGAAAAAAUCCCUCAAGUCUGGUUAAACUUGGAAGACAAAAUGUUAAAAAUGCGGAAAGAUAGCAGUAUUUUGGACUGGAGUCAAGUUGAGCAGAUAGCAAGAGAUGAAGGAAUCUACCACGAACAAGAUCUUAAGGAAGCUAUUUCCUUUCUUGAUAACCUUGGGACCGUUCAGUACUUUGAUACAGACUUCCUGAGAGACAAGGUGGUCGUUGACCCUCAGUGGAUUGUCAAGGUCAUGGCGUGUGUGGUAUCUGUCAGAGCCUCUGCCAUACAAAAAAACGAUGGUCGGUUCGAGCAUUCUCAACUAGAUGUUGUGUGGGAUAAAUAUGAUGCUAAACUUCGACCUUGGUUGCUGAGUCUUACAGAAGAAUUUGACUUGACCUUUCCUCUUCCGGGGCAACCUCUAAAUAUAGUACCAUGUCUUCUUCCAAUAGAGCCACCAGAAGAGUUUCGUUGGCCUGAUCUUGAUCCACUUUCAUCUGAUGGCAUCAGUGAAAAUAAAAUCAUGUAUAAAUUUGUCUACCUUCCGGGAGGUCUUUUCAACAGACUUCAGGUUCGAUUGUUUAAUUUUUCUGAUGGAAAGAUGAUCUGGAAAAAGGGCUCCUACUUACAAAAGAAUCAGCACUUGGCUCUGAUCCAACAAAACAGUGAGCGUCAGCUGACCGUAACCGUCCAAGGCCCGCGUCCAGAGAACGUUUUAUUCCUGAUUCACGAAGUAUUAGAGAGCCUGAUCACGGAAUCGUAUCAUGGAGUAACCUAUGAUUAUUAUAUCCCUUGCCCAGAUUGUAUUGCAAAAGGGUCUGACAGCUUCAGGAACCCAUAUCUCUUCAAAGCAUCCAUUAUCAAAAAAGGAAAGAACAUGAACGCUCCUUUUCUGCAGUGCACAGAGAAUUUCCAUACUGUUGCUAUGACACAGCUAUUAGCUAUCAUGCCGGAUGAUAGGAAUUCAGACUUUGACAUUCACCUUCAGAACAGUAUAAGCGCCCUUCAGUCUAUCAAUAAUGACAUUGAAUAUGAUGUGGCUGUCCUGUACUGUCAAGCAAAUGUACCUCCAAAGGGAAAGAAUGACCUUAUCAAUCCUAAAGAAGUCAAAAAUGAUUUACGUGCAUGGAAUUACAGUGUCUGGAUGCCUGAGAGUGUGACACCAGACCGAGUCAGUGAGAUGACACUACAGCUAAAGAACUCAAAGGUUGUAGUGUGCUGUAUGUCUGACCAAUUUGAGAAGGACGAAACUUGCCAUAACAUGUUCUUGUACAUCACAAAUCAGCUUAGGAAGAAGGUACUCAUUGUGGUGGUACGACCCAGCAUGGUGUGGCAAGAAACAGAUCUGGGAAUGAAGAUUGGGGAUGCUUUUGUGUGCAUGAUACGUACUCCAGAUAGAUAUAAAUCAAAGAUUGUUGAUCUCAAGGACAUGGUAGAAAAGACAUUGAUUGCCAUGGAGAAGGACAAACAGAGACCGGCAGAUGUAUUCAUAAGCUACUGUUGGCAAAACUCCAAGAAAGCUGUUGACAAGGGAACCAAGAUCAAAGACAAGAGUUCUCUAGGAGCAGUGGACCCAAGAGAUAUAAAAGAUUACUUAACGGACAAGAAAGUGGCCUGUUGGAUUGAUAUUGAAAAAAUUGGCACUUAUGGAUUGUAUAUGGACAUUGCGAUGGGACUUCAGGGCUGUAAGCUUCUUGUCUGUUGUGUUUCAGAUGAGUACUCUGAUUCUGAGAACUGUAUGAUGGAGCUGAAGUAUGCUGUGUUGAAUCUCAAACUUCCGGUCAUCGUGGUUCCUGUCGGCACCGGAAGUCGCUGGAAAUCAAAGGUUGGAAUCUUCGUGGUAAAGACAGAAGAAGAAGCACCCGAGAUCUCAAUGCAACUGGAAGAUAACAAAGAAAAACUGCUGACCAAAGUAAAAGAGAUUCUAGCUACAAAAUGCAAGACAGAGGACGAAGCUAAAGAAAAACAGAAACAGGAGAAAGAAAGAAAGAAAAACCUGGAGAAAAAGGCCCAGGAUCUCAAAUUUUCUUAUCAGGAAGAAUAUGAACUGCUACAGAGGAAAUUCCUAAGACAUGUUACCAUGAUAACGACAAAGUUAAAUUUUGAGGUCCUGCCAAGAUUAUUGGUGUUUGACUUUGUCAAGGCUGGAUCCACAGGAAAAUCUACAGAGCAGGGAACUCCAAGAAGGCCAAGGACUGGGAAAGAGCGCAGAAAGGCCGUGAUUUUGGAUGACGAAGAUGAAGACUGGCAGGCGGAAGAAUUCUGUGUCAAGGUCAUGUGUGAGCAUGAAGAGGGAUGGCAUGUAUCGGAGAAAUCACUGAAUCUGAGUGCCAGGUCAACAGAAGAGGUGUAUCACGUGAUUAGAGAGGCGGCCCCCUAUCUUUCUAGACUGUAUGCUGUCCUGAAACAGAGCUCAGUCAAUCUCAACUGUCUAAGAGGGAAGACUGGAGACUCCUUUUGUAGUUACAUUGACAAGAAAGGAUUAGUUGAAUCCAACUUUGGAAAGGCAUAUGAGGCCAUUCAUCAUUUUGUUGCCGAUCAUGCAGGAAAGCGGGAUCUUAUGCAGAAACUUCAUAGAUGUCAUUUGCCAAGUGGAAAAAUACUAUGGCUUUGUGAUAACCAUUCGAAAGGAAACCGUAUCACAAAACUAUCUUUAGGUGGAGGCAGUUCAAGGUCAACAGGACUGGUGACCUUGACCCGAGAGGACGAUUUUCUAAAAGAACACAUGAGAAAACAUCCAACAGUUAUCAAGCUUUUGAAACGCCCUGAACCCGUGGAAGAAGAGGAAAAUGAAAAGGAAGAGGAAAAGGACAAUAAUACUGAAGAAAGGGAUGCGGAUCAGGAGCAGAUGGAAGAUAAUAAAAGAUCAGAGGACAACAACACUGAAACUGCGGUGCAUAAAACAGAAACACCCCCAGAAGUAUUCUCAGAUAAAUCCAAGGGAAAUCUAAUUAAGAAUACUGCAAUCAAACAGGGAGGUCCAAUUAACCGAGUAGGAAGUCCUUGUCCAUCCAGAGGAGCCGUGGAAAUAAAUGAUACUCCUAAAAAUAAGAGAAGAGAGCAGGAGAAAGGUAAAGGAAGCCCAACGACAUCCAGAGGAGAUGUGCAGUCGAAUGAUGCUCCUAAAAAGCAAGACAAAGAGGAAUGCCCUAAACGGUCUGCCUGCUGCUCUUGCUGGAUUGGUGGAACAGAUGGCGAUAUUGAGGGGGUUUUCACCUGGAAUUACCACACCAAUAUAACCUAUCAAAACUGGUACCCAAGACAGCCUGAUAACGUAAAUGACGCAGAUUGUGCCGUUAUUUGUAGAGAUGUGCUGGUGUUAACCUGGUCUACCUGUGUUCUACCUGUGUGUGUUCACCUGUACACCUGUUUUUACUGGAGCAUUAAAAUGGCCACAAAGGAAAUAAAGGACACAAAAGCAGGGAGAUCAAACACCAAACAAACAAUGGACAAAAGCAGAUCUUCAUUGUCACUGUCAUCAGUCCCAGCUGAGGUCAAAGGCCAAAUAGUGUCUACAAAGCCAGCCACAAAACAGAGAAGAAUUUCAUCAGCAGGAGAGGAUGAUCAUUCAGAAAUGGAGAACAUCAAAUGUACUCUUACCUCUAUGCAAGAAACCCUUAAAAACAAGUGA